CCAGGUUAAUGUUUACACCACGAAUUGCCAUUAAUUGCACGCGGUACAAUAACUUCUAUUAAAGUUACGUACUUAAUUAAUAUUCAUAACCUUAAGAUCACCUCAUAUCAAGCUCAUUAAUAAAGUGGUUAGAAUUUCUCCAUAUGCCAGUGCGGAUUGUCUAAAGCUCCUUAUCUUUUAACCGUCUCAAAAACGCCAUAAAUAGUGGAGAAUGAGUGUCGUGUUUCUUGGUGUUUUAAUUCAGCUAUGACAUGUUUCUCUGUCCAUAUCAACUGUUUCCGUUUUCGAGCCAAUGUCAAAACAAUGAACUAUGAAUAGCAUAACAGACGACUUGAAAUCCCCACUAACCAAGAUCGAUGAACCCGUACGUCUUUACUUUCGUUUUUGUGAUACAAUCGAGAUUUUCUUUAUCAUAUCCAUUAUAUUAUGCCCCGUUUCAGUACCUCGAUGUUUGGUUAGGACCUUCAUUGAUUAUCGGAAACAGACCAAUCUAAUCAAUAUCAUUGCAUACAUAUUUUUAUUAUAGCGUGAGCCUGUAUGGGCGAAAGAAUCUAUAGACCUAUAUACACCUCAGCAAAGCGCGAAUGUGUCGGUUAAAUCCUACAAUCGUAAACGUAAAAACUGAAGAAUAAUUAUAUCAUCAAUUAUUUCUGCCAAAACAAAAACUAUAAUUCCGAAUAGAAAUUAAAUGAAGUUGUAUUGUUUCACGGAAAUUGGAAUAUGAUGCGGAAAAUUGUAUAAUGGUACUUCUAGAAUACUGACAUUUCAUGAUAUAUAUUAGUAUCAAAAUGUUAUUUUAGUAUAUCAACUUGAAAUAGGUAUAGAUCAUAACCUCAAGUGUAUGAGAAGAUAGAUAAGUUCCUGUAGAUGCCAUCAACAGGCGGCAAUACUAUCAAUUAUAUUAUGUCUCCGCAUCAAAUGUUUCCUUUCUAUUUUUGAUAUGGAUAAAUUCUUUUCAUCUUCGGUGUUUAUACAUAGAACAUGCAUAAUGUGUCGUUAUUGUACAAAAUCGAAAUCAAAUUAGUUAUUAUGCCCUAUGCAAUUUACAUCAGAGAUAUUAUCAAUAUUUUCGGGUUUUGUGUGAAGCAUGAUCACAUGGUGCUGAAUAUAUGACAUUUAUUCAUGUAAAUAUUUUUGACAAGAAGCCUUACAAAUAAUGUCAUGAUUGUCUAUGUAUAUAUAAUGGUGUAGAUUAAGGAAGAUAGUUCCUAGGUUUCUGAACACAAUUGCGUAUGGAUUUACUGGUUCACUACUGAUUCCACUGGUGGAAACAGAGUAUACACCUAUCAUUUAAUUUUACAUGUUACACGCCUUUUCAUUGGUUGAAAGAUUAGUGGAAUAUCGUAUCUAACAAAAAAAAAAAAAUGGCCGGAACUACUUUCUAUUGGAAUGUAGGAGAUUCCUCUGGAUGCUUCGUAUUUAUAUAUAGAUUAGGGAAUCCUGAAAAGAAAAAAAAAACUUAAAUAUUCUAACGAUCUAUAUAAAUGCAUUAAACAAAAAACAAACAAAUAUCAAAUAUAAAUAUUAAUUAAUUAUGCAAAUUGAAAAAUGCAUGGUUAUUUGAGUAUAACAACACAUGUCUCCUUCUGCAAUUCCGGGCUGAGAGUUAAAUGUAUUCAAACGGGGAUGACAAUAGUUCAGUUUGCACCUUGCGACAACUUUUUUCAUGUCACGAACCCAAAUACCAGAUACACCGCACAUUGUCUCAGUGAUACUGCAAUAUCGCAGCCCUUACCGAUUAUGGUUUCGAACUCUGGCAUGAUAUGUUUAUGAGUGGGUCCCGAAACGAGGCUUCCGUACGAUGUUACAACAUCUGUGACACCUUAGAAAUUCACUGAUAAAACUCGUAAAACCCUAAGUAACACUCAACUGUCCAGCUGGAAGCCGUGGCAACCUCAGGAGAACCCUACCUGGUAUCUCACAUCAUGAUUAUGCACGUGUCCCAGGCUUUCCGUUAAUACCGACAUCGAACUUUGCACUUAAUUCCAGUUCCCCUCAACAAAAUGUUAGCAAUUUUCUCUCAACAGGACUUAUCUCUAAGUCAUCCUUUCAACAUUGCAUUCUUCAGUCCAAAAGAAACCCGUUUGCUCAACAGUAAACAACAGUUAGUGGAAGUCGCCAUUAGGCUUAACGGAUUUAGUUGUUGGUUUUUUUUGUGAAGUUGUGUAUUCACAAAGACUACGCCCAUCUCAAAAUGACAUAGAAUGCCUAAAAUACCUUCACCUUUGAAGAUAUGUAAAAUGGUCACCGUUAGAAUAAUUUGUAUGAAUGCAACAUUUGUAACUCUGUAAGUCUAUACCGAAAAGGAAUUACACCAAUUCCAUGUUCGAGAGCUAUUGAUUUUUAAACUAAAACAAACUUCUGAUUGAUUGAUUUAUUGAUUGAAUAUUGUUUAUUUCCCGGUGGAAAAUAUUUCACUCAUUUAAUUUGUAAAUACAACAUGACAUCAGCUCAAAUGCUGUCUGGCUUGUUUCAUACCGAUUUCUGAACUGAUAUCUACCAACUGGUUUUGAGUUCGGAUUACUCCGUUUACCUCAUCAAGGUAGAGGGCUUAUAACAGAACUGCUAAAUUGCAGUGGAAAUAUUCAUUUGGUCCAAGUUGAGACCCUAGAUAUCCAUAGAGGUAUGCAUAUGAUGUAUUGGUAGAAUGUUAUUUUAGCUAUCAUCAUAACAAUGCUGAAUACACAGGAAUGAGAAUUUCAAGGACCAUAGAACAUAAACAUACUUAAAUUGAUAUAAUCACUAGUAUAUGAUGCAUGUAUCAAUGUAUUUUAAUUUGUUUCAAAGUCUCAUUUCAUGGGUUUUUCUCUUUAGAUCACAACUUCUGCCUCGCAAAAAUGCAUAGGCUAAAUCUCUUUCAUCCAGCCCCAACAUACUGCACAGUACAAGUAGCCUUUAAUAAAACAAUUGUGAAUCAGUCAUUUUCUAAGAUUAUCUCGUAAAAUAUCUAUCUGUACAAUCACAUCAAUUUACCAAGAUCUGAUGACAGUAAAAAUAGCAAGAUACAUACAUUAGAAUUGUAGUGCGAAAUUAGUGUUGGUAUCCUUUCAAAUGAUAUUAUACAAAAAAGUCAGAGAUAGUUGUAUGUUAUCAAAACAUUCUUUGUCUUGCGACUACCCUUUAGGACGAAUUUUGGUAUUUUGCACGAUUUUCUGGCGGAUUUACUCUUAAGGCUACAAUUUAGACAAUGAAGUGACCGGGUCAGCGGGGCCACCUGUUUUUAAUAAACACAAGGUUGAUGACUGACCCUAAUGAUCUUGGACUGUCAAAUGGUCAUCCUUAUAUGUCUGUGUCAUAAGCCUACCGCGAUGUCGAUGUCGAUAUGACGUAGUAGUCUUGGUUCUGAAGUGAUUCACUUGUCAACUCCCCUACAAAAAAACCCAAAGAAUGCUAAGCAAGGGUCACGUUAAAGAAACCAACCUUGUACCUAGAAGCACAAGCCUUGUUUAAAACGUAAUUGUGACCCUUGAAUCCAGAUUCGGAGAACUUCGUUUGACACCAUCUAACAACUUAGCGACUAUAAAUGACAUGGUGACUUCACUGAAUCUGUAUAACAAACCUAAUGUAUUUGUCCUAAUGGAUUAUGGUACUUGAAGUUUGGCUGUUAAAUGCACUAUGUGGUCCAAAGGUGCCGGUGGUUUUAAUUGUAAGCUAAACAAAUACAACAUAUCUGAAAUAGUUAAAACUUUCAGCCGCUGCUUUAUAUGUUUGCCAUGAACUUUCUGUCAUUGAAGCUGUCAAGAUCCUUUUCGUCCCAAAUGAAACGUGAAAAUAACGAAAAGGGGUCGAUCUCAUAACUCUUAUAAGCAAUACCAAAUAGAUAGUCGGGCAAACACGGACUCUUGGACACACCAGAGGUGGGAUAAGGUGCCUAGGAGGAGUAAGCAUCCCUUGUGGACCGGUCAUGCGCCAAAGUGCGAUGGUCUGACACGCCAAAGUGCAAUGGUGUGACACGCCGAAAUACAUUGGUUUGUAAACGACAUAGUGAUUUGGUACAGACCAUCGAACUUUGGCGUGACCAUCGCACUUUGGAGCGACCAUCACACUUUAGAGUCUUAUAUAUAUAUAUAAUAUUGAUAUAUAUCCGACCAUACAAGGAAAGUUUAUUAAAAUUGUUGUAUAGGGAAAUGAUUGUUGAAUUGUGCAUGAGUGUUAUUAGAUCAAUUUCUUUCUCAAUGAACAUGUGACCCAUGAUCAAAUUGUUUAAAUAUAGAAGGCAAAACUAAUCAGAGCUAUAACUGAGAGGUAUAACUCAUUGCAAUGAAAUGAGUAUUUGGAUCGCGGUGUUUGCUUGUACACUAUUACCAUUGACUGUGGCAGACAAUUCAACAUGUUUGAAAGACAGCUGCAAGAUAUGGGAUACAAAAAUGGAGAAAUGUACAGAGUGCAAUGUAGGUUUUCAAGGUGAAUGUUGUCAGCUUCCAUGUCGAUAUCCUAACUACGGAGAUCGGUGUCAAUCGUGGUGCAACUGUGAAAUAACAAACUGCAGUUCUGUAACUGGGUGUGACGAUGGGUCUCCAACAGUUUCUGUAGGUUUUCCAAACACUCCAAAGACUUCGUUGUCUGCGUUUUCAAUCUAUACGACUUCAACAGCUUGUCCACAUCGGUACAUUGGGUCUGACUGUAGAUUCCCUUGUCGGUAUUCAGGCCAUGACGUCCACUAUCAGCUAGAGUGUGGUUGUGCAAAGGACCUUUGUCAUCACGUGCACGGAUGCAAAACAUACAGAUACUGCAGUGUCAGUGAACAUCACAGAAAAGAGGCGCUGUUGUACACUACCAUAACCCUAGGUGUGGUUGCAGUCAUUCAAUUUACAGCUUAUAUUUAUGUUUCGUUUUUCUACAAAGUUGAUGUUCUAAUGGUAACGAAUGGUUAGUAAAAUAUAGUGUUAUUGGCAAUGUUUUGUUUUAAUGAAAUUUAAGAGUUUGGUUUUGUAUUUAACAAAUGUUACCUAAUUAUAAACUUAAUUUCUAAAGUUUGUUCCUGAUUGAAUUUGUUUUGGAAUUUAAGGAAAAGAAAUAAUUCUUAUUUGUUUUAUAGGAUAUAAAGUAAGUUAGGGAAGUUUACGCAUUAUAUACUGCGAAGCGGUUGGUGAAAUUGCGUAAGGUGCCCUAACUUACAUUACAUCGUAUAAAAAAAAUGAAAAUUACUAUCAUUCAUUAUGAUUUCAUUUAGGAAAUCACCUUUGACAUUAUUUACUUAAUAUUUCUACAGAAAAUAUUAAUGUUAUAUGACGCGGACCGAUAUUGCCGUAGCACCAUAAUGCAAACUGAACAGCCAAACGUAUUGUGACGUCAUUCUUUAUGAAAUCAUAUAGCAGGACUAAAUGACACAUUUGUUUAUACGAUAUCAAGAAUGUUGAUAGUCAAAUGAACCAAUCACAUUGCGCGUAAAAAGUAAAAUUAAAUCAUUUGAAUUCACAUCUUAUUAUGUCAGCAUUUUGUCAAUCUAAUCGACCCUGUAGCUUUAACUAUCAGCAUCUAUAUACACUAUAUUCAGACGUUCCUGGUUUUUUUUAAAACAAUAUAUUAAAUAUCAUGAUUUGAGUUUCAUCCAGUUGUAUAUGUAUACAUUAUCCUGGAUUUAGUUUCUCUAUCGUCAAAUAUCUGGGAAUAACAAUUGAUAAGUUUUUAAAAUGUCAUCUCAUAGUGUAUGAUAUUUUUUCCAUGGUCAAAUCCAGACUUCAGUUUCAUUAUAGAAAUGGAAAGUGGUUGAAUAAAGGGUCAAGGUUAACAUUACGUUCUGCACUUAUUCUGUGCUACUUUGACCAUUGCUCUUCUGCAUGGUUUGAACGCUUAUCUAAAUCAUUGAAGAAUAAGCUACAAGUUCUUUAAAACAAAACAAUAAUAUUCAUUUUAAAUCUGAACCCCAGAACUAGUAUAAAUUGUGAUAAUUUAGACUCAAUAAACACACUCUAUGCAGCAGAUCGUAUUAAACAAUUAAGACUCGACCAUGUCUUUGAAAUCAACCAUGGUCUUGCACCAAAUUAUUUACAUGAGAAAUUUGACAGAAAUGAUAAUGCUACUAGGGGAGCCUCUAAUUUUAAUUAUCAUGUUUUUAGGGUUAGGACCUACAAUCGUUCAUUUUUUUUAUUAUCAUGCCAUUUUAACCUGGAAUUUUUCUUCCUUUAGGAGUAAAAAAUAUAGCUAACAGAGCUAGUUUUAAAUCUGCUGUCAAGUUGCAUCUUGCAGAAGAAGCUCGUAAAAGGGAAGAAAGCAUUUAUAUAUAUUGUUUUUUUAUGCUGUAUAGUGAUUCAUUUUUAAAAAUAUUUUGUAUCAAUAUAUAAUCAAACAAUGCACAUAGUGUUACUUAAUUUGAGCUAGGAAAAUCAUCUAAUGCUCUAUCUAAUUUUUGCCUAUUCUGUCUUAGUCAUACAUAAUCCAUAAUUAACUUAUAACAUCUUAAGACGCCAUUGGAAAUAAGGAAGAUUUAUAAAUUGCUUUCAUGGGUUAUUCUAGGCAAAUAUUUAUUUAAAGUAUAUAAUAUAUAUUGUCUGUGAUAAGACCUGGUCCUUUGAUAAGCAUGUAUUUUUGACAAUGAUGUUGUUGGUGGUUAUAGCUGUGAUAAUAUCUGGAGUGCUAAUGUGUACAUAUGAUAGGAAUGUGCCAAAAUUAAUUUGUGAUCCUAAUUGACAUUAUUAAUGUAUUUUACAUCGUAUAUGAUUGAGAUUUCUAAUUUAUCUGAUGCUUUACCUGAAUAAACUUAAUAAUACUCAAACGUUACAGAGGUACACUAUAUGCCAACUCACGACGGUUUCUAUAUAUAUAUACAAAUCAAGUCAAUGCGAAGUUUAUGGAAUCGGUAUAAUAGUUGCUGUAAUCUAUGUUCAAGCAGUUGUAACUUAAUUUGAAGUCUGAAUCAAAUAUUUACAAAUUACUGUUUUCCUUAGAAAAACUGGCAGACAUACAUCGAAUUUUAACAUAUAUAAUAAUAUAAUUCAUGAGAUUGUCCAACAUAUAAGAUCUUUGCAAUGUAUAUUUAUGAAUAUCAAUUCUAAGAAAUCGUGAAAAAGCACAUUGGUGUAAACUUUGAGAGAGUUAAUCCUGGCGCUUUUCUUUUUCACUGCUCUUUGGUUUUAUAAAUAGAACUCCAGUUGACGAACACUUCCUAUAUCUAAUUAGUUAAAUGAUAUGAUAUGAAUUUUGUAUUAACACAAAUUAUUGAUUUAGGAAACUAGUUUACUCGGUCUAUCAACUUUGUUAUUUGUAUUGGCAGUGGCAUAUUGUUGGAAAUCCCCAUUUAUUAAUGACAAUUGUAGAAGUUGAAAUCUUGCAAAUGUAGGCUACCAUUGGGUCAAAUCCUGUCUGGUAUGUUCAUACCGAUUGUAAAGUCAUUUUUGACACACCAAAUUUGACUAUAUGUUACUAUGUUUACCUAAGCAAGAUAUAAGGUCCAAGGCGGCCGGAUGUGACCGGUUGACUGGCGCUGUUUCUCCUAGGAGGCACCUGGUCCCACCUUUGGUAUAUCCAGGUUCCCCUGUUUGCCUAAUUCUAUAUUUUGUACUUCUUAGAAGGAGUUAUUUUGUAUUUAUUAUUGAGAGUUAUAGGAUCGUUCACUCUUCGUUAUCUUCAACUUUUAUUUACAGCCCCCUAGAAUAGAGAGAUUCUCGAAUAUCAAAAAUAAGAUUUCGACAACCAAACCAAGAAUGAUAUUGGUGUCACCAUUAUUUUCGGGUUUAGUUUGUUUUGAAGUAUUUGCUCGUGUUGACCCUCAUUUCCAUUUUUAAAUGAGGUGUUUCAAGUUGAUGGUCACGUGGUCAUGGUUGAUUUGUUUUAAAGACUAGUUGCUAUAUGAAGGAAUGCUCCGUCUUACUUGGGGAGCGCACGUUUUUCCUCUGUCCACCGUUGUUCCGUAGUAGUGAUAUGAAGACUGAAUCUCCAGUCUGACCUGGCGGAACAGGUGGUAUAUAUUUGGAGCCGAGUGGUCGACACGUGGUACUUGUAUGGACAAGGAUGGUGAUCGCAUGGUACACUGCAGUUGACAUUGGCAAUCUCUUUUCAUUGAUUGAUAUUGUUCCUUUUAUAUUCUGUAUAUGUACAGUUGAUUUCAUAUAGAAUUAUUUAUUCUAUUUUGUAUUGCUUAUAGGAGUUAUGAGACUGAUCACUUCUCACUGGUCAAGCUAGAGGGCGUCGUGACAUUGGCAUCUACCUAUUGUUUUUAAUCUCAUCAAAUGCAAAUGUUAUGAAAUAAAAGAAUAAAGUG